CGAGCUUGUUAUCGUAUUGUCUGUUCGACUACUUGCAACCAUGGUAUUUGGAUCGCGUCCACCAGCGCUCACAGAGGCCAACAUUGGAGAUCAGUCAGGAAAGGUCUUCAUUGUCACUGGCGCAACCUCUGGCUAUGGCCUGCUGCUGUCUACAUACCUCUACCAGAACAACGGCACGGUCUACCUGGCCGCGCGCAACGCCAAAAAGACCGCCGAGGUGAUCGCCGACCUCAAACAGCGCUUCCCAGCCUCCAGGGGCAGGCUCGACAGCAUCUCGCUUAACCUGUCUGAUCUGAGCACGAUCAAGAAAUCCGCCGAGGAGUUCCUCGCUAAAGAAACCAGACUGCACGUCCUCUGGAACAAUGCAGGCGUCAUGUUCCCGCCUGCGGGUUCGACAACAUCACAGGGCUACGAGCUGCAGCUAGGGACGAACAACGUCGGUCCGCACCUGUUCACAAAACUCCUCUAUCCCACUCUUGCGGCAACGGCCAAGGAGGCGCCCAAGAAUACAGUCCGGGUCGUUUGGGUCUCAUCCGACGCCGCCUCCUGGGCCCCCAAGCCCGCGAUCGACUUCAACAACCUCGACUACCGCAGAAACGAGUCAGACCGGUCCAAGUACGGGCGCUCCAAGGCUGGGACCGUCAUGCAAGCCGUUGAGCUGGCGCGCCGGGCCAGAAAGGACGGAUCUGGCAUUGUCAGCAUCGCGUUGGAUCCGGGCAUUGCGAAUACGGGACUGCAGCGGGAUAUGGGCCGGUUGAUGUCGACAAUGGUCAAACUGAUCGCGAACAAGCCCGAGAUCGGUGCGUAUACGCAGCUGUUUGCGGGACUGAGUCCCGAGAUCACGGCUGAGGUGGCGGAGAAGGAGUGGGUCGUGCCGCCAGGGAAGAUAGGAUGCCCACGGCGCGAUCUCUUUACAGAUACCGAGACAAGUAGGAAAUGGUGGGAGUGGAAUGAGGAGCAGGUGAAGGCGUAUUUGUAGUUUGUCUCUGCGUGUGAAGUUGUGCUUUUGAUACCUCUUGUUUUGCAUGGUUGUAGUUUGAGUCUUAGAUAAUUCCUAUCUACUGUGUUUUAGCCAGACUUUGUAUCAACGCGGCAUUUCUAACGAUAGUA